CUUGCAUAUGGGGGUGGCAUUUGACUCGAUUCGGAUCGGAGAUCACAUGCUCGGAAGAAAGAUCGAAUCGGGAAGCCGCCAUGGCGCUGCCAAUCGAGGCCAUCGCGCUGCUGUGCUUGAGUUUGUUGCUAGCUGCUUGUGCUGCAGCUAUCUACUUUCUAAGCCCGAGCGCUGGAAAGAAAGAUGGAGCAAGCACUGAGGAAAAUGAGAAGGAAGAGGAGAACCAUCAGCAGGGGCCCCGAGCGGGGCCGCGGGGAGGAGCCGGUCGGAUGCGACGGCGGCGUGGCGCUCAGGCUGCGGCUGCUGCACCGGAACCAGCGGGGGCUGCCAACCAAGACGAAGGGGAGAACGAGGAAGGGGAGGGGGAAGACGGCGAGUACUAUCAGGCAGGAACUGGGGGCAGGCGCGAGCAGAGGAGAAAUGAGCGGGAGGCUCGGCGACUGGCGCAGCAGGGUGCAAUAGACCACAAGCGGGAUAAGCAGGAGAAGCAAGCCGAGGCCCGCAGGAAGAAGGACGAGGAGAGGGAAGCCCAGGAGAAAAAGCUGGACGACGAAGUGGCGGCGAAGAAGCGGGCGGAAGAGGAGGCUGCAGAGGCGGAGUAUGACAAGUGGCGGGGCGCGAUCAGCAUGGAGGCGGAAGGGACGGUGGAGCAGGACGCGCAGGAGGAGAGCCAGGGACUGCUCGGGGAGUUCGUCGAGUACAUCAAGAAACACAAGACUGUCGUGCUGGAGGAGUUGGCAUCCGAAUUCGGCUUACGGACGCAGGACGUUGUCAGUCGGGUGAUAUCUUUGGAGGAGAUGGGGCGAAUUACGGGGGUCAUGGAUGAGCGGGGGAAGUUCAUCUUCAUAUCCCCAGAGGAAAUGGCAAAGGUCGCCGAGUAUGUCAAAGAGAAGGGUCGCGUCAGCAUUGCGCAUCUAGCCAACAAGUCGAACGAGUUUAUUGAUCUGACCCCCAAGCUGGACAUCCAAGAAACACAGUCAAUAGAGGUCGCCUGAUCGAUAUUGUUUUGGACCGCGUUCCCAUCAUCAUUCCUUCAAAUUCAAGCUUAUUGUGGGACCGUCAAGACAAAGAAUUGGUGAUUAAUGGUCCGGGGCUGUUGUAUGAAUUUUCCCGUUGUCUUUGGGCUUGACACGUG